AUGGCGUUGCGACCCAAAUUAUUAGAUUCUCUCUCUGAUCCAUUGCCUCGACCUAUAUCGGACCACAAUACUACCACAAAUGAGGAUAAGAUAUUAGGUCAUAUGAGAAUAACCGAAACAUUAUUCUACUGGGGACUGACAUCUACGAAUGAGCUAACAACGGUAGAUGGAUUCCUCUCACCCAAGGGCAAAGACGCCGUGGCCAAGGUGGCCCAUACGAAGAAGCGCGCCCGCCUGUUUGAGUGGGAAGUGAGGACCUUGUUGGCCCUGAAUGGCCUCGGAGGAACGCCCCGAGUCCUGGCAGUGUGCGAGGACUAUCUGGGAUUCCUCAUGCAAUUCUGUCCGGGAAAAACUCUCAAGGACAUGCUCGAGGAGAAGGCCCCCGUGAGCACCAUUCUCCGGGGGAUCUACGACCUGGCGCUGAAGGUCCAGGACAUCCACCUGGCAGGGUUCGCCCACAACGACAUCAAGUCGGACAACGUGAUCCUGGAGACGAGCGCCGACGGCCUCGAGGUCACGGCGCGGGUGAUCGACCUCGGCCUGUCCACGCGGCUCGGCCUGCGUCCCGGCUUCCAAGGGGACCCGGGGUUCCUGCGCCACAUGGCCCCCGAGCUCCUGCAGAUGGGCGCGGCCAGCGUGGAGUCGGACUUGUACUCCUUCGGGAACAUCCUGAGGUCCGUCAUGGAGCAAUAUUCGGAGGCCUUUCCCGAGGAAUGCCAGUUGAGGUUCAUGGUCUGGAACCUGACCUGCUCUCAGCCGGAAUGGCGCCCGCCUUUCCAGAUGUUCCUGGACGUUCUGGCCAACAGUCUCGACGUCCACGCUUGA